ACUAAAUUAUCGAGAAGUUAUUAAGGACUACGACACAAGCGAUGACUUCUCCACAGACUCUUAGCGUACAGAACUUACCAAGGCAAAGCAGUGAAGUCCCUUUGAGGCAGUUGGAAGAAAACAAGCCAGAAGAAAGCAACUCGGCAAGCAUGAGGCAGUGGCAAGUGUUGGGCGUGUUGGGCGUCCUGUGUGUGGCCGCCACCAUCGCGCUCAGCGUCACGCUCCCGGAGACACCCAAAGCCAAUGAAAAGAAAAUUUAUUCCACGAGACAUGCAGUGGGCCCAAACCCCGGGCUUCAAGUAGCGUCAGUGCUCAAGCAGGUUGAGGAUGCGAAGAAGACACUUCUUGAAGAGCCAGUCCCCCGCAGUCAUCGUCAAAGUCUCGUCAAGAACAGGAAGCCUUACACGGGCGCCCUCGCAACCAAGGCCGUGAACGGGACACUGGUCUGCGAGACCCCUGAAUGUUCGAUGGCAGCUGCUCUGAUCAGCGCCAACAUGGACGUGACAGUGAACCCAUGUGACGACUUCUUUUCCUUCGCUUGCGGAGGCUUCAUCAAUAGCCACCCCGCUCCUCCUAAUUCGGGCACAUUUGACAAUGCGGGUAGCCUUCUCUCAGAGCGCCUCACGCUGCUGCUGGAGACGCCAGCCGCCGCUUCCGACCCGCCCCCGCUGUUCAUGCUCAGGAGGGCGUACAAUGCUUGCAUGGACACGGACGGCAUGGACUCGUUGGGUUUGGCCCCUCUAUGGGGAGCGUUGCAAGGCAUCGGAGGCUGGCCCAUGGUUGACCCCGCAUGGGAUCCUGCUUCGUACUCCACCGAAGCCUCCUUGGCUUCUCUGCGUGACCUCUUCAUCACGCCUAUGUUCGGCAUGGCCAUCUCUGCCGACGUAUUCAACACCUCACACUUCAUGAUUUAUACCGUCCUCGCCAAUCCGAUAAUUUUCUCUGGAAUUUAUGACGCAUACAGAACUUUCAUAACCGAAUCUGCCAAGCAAAUGAGAGACUACCUAGGCUCCAGCGUUACAGAUGCAGAAAUUAGUGCUGAAGUGGAAGACCUGCUUGCUUUUGAGACCACACUGGCAAAGCUCAUGGUCGAUGCGGGUGCCGACAAUGUUACCGAAAUACUUGAAAGGAUGACCGUGGAUCAAGUCCAAGCUGCGCUUGACUCGCAAACUCCAGGACAGUUCAACUUGCUGGAAUACAUCCGUUUGGUGUUCGAGCCGUCUUCUGUGACCAUCACAGCGGACGAAGUGAUAUACCUUGAGGAGGGUGUCGACUACAUCUCACGAUGGAGCACGCUGCUCUCAGAAACACCUACGAGAGUUCUCGCGAAUUUCAUGUCAUGGAUGUGGGUUCUUCAACUUGGAACUCAGACAACCUAUGCAAUGCGGAAAAUCAGUAGUGACUUCGAAGAAGUCUACCUUGGAACCAGACUUGAUCAGUUUCCAAGAGCUGACUUCUGCAGGCUGGAGAUGAACCAGGAAUUGGGCUUCGUGCUUUCCAGGGCCUACGUUGACGAGUUCUUUCCAGCUGGAGCCAAAGAAGAAAACGAGCAGCUAGUCGAAGACGUCCGUUCUUCUUUCAAUGCUCUGUUCGACGAGAACACAUGGCUCACUCCAGAGGACCUCGUCACAGCCAGAGAGAAGCUACAGGCAGUCGAAAGUUUCGUCGCCUACCCCGAAUGGAUUAUGGACGAUGCAACCUUCACGGCAGCCUAUGAAGGGUUGGAGAUCGCCGCUAACGAUCAGUUCGGUAAUCUCGUGCGCAUUGGACAAUAUAUGGAGCUUUACGAAUGCGAAAUCUUCAGGACUGAACCGCAAACAAAUAUCCCACGCAACAGAUUCAUAUUGCCUCCUACGGUGGUCAACGCCUUCUACGAUCCGACGACCAACUCUAUAACGAUCUUGGCGGGUAUCCUGCAGAUUCCGUUCUACCAACACAACUCCCUUGCCGCCCUCAACUACGGGGGCAUCGGCAUGGUCAUCGGCCACGAGCUUACACACGGCUUCGAUAAUUCAGGAAGAAAUUAUGACAAGGACGGAAACCUGGCGCUGUGGUGGAGUCAGGAGUCCAUACAGGCUUUCAACGAGCGCGCCCAGUGCUUCGUCGACCAGUACGAUGCCUUCCACCCUCCUGAGGUGGCCGACCCCACAGUCAUGGUUGAUGGGCAACAAACCCUUGGAGAGAACAUAGCCGACAACGGUGGAAUUCGCGAGGCGUUCCUCGCCUACCAGCGCUACGUGGACCGCAACGGCGUCGAGCCCGCGUUGCCCGGCCUCGACGAGUUUACCUCAGAACAGCUCUUCUACCUCGGAAAUGCAAACUUAUGGUGCGAGAGCAGGACUGAAUCCAGCAUCUUGAGUCAGCUGGACAGCGACCCACACUCGCCCGGUCGAUUCAGAAUCCUCGGACCGCUCAGCAACGAUGCAGAAUUUUCCAGAGUCUGGCAAUGCCCCGCAGGCUCCAAUAUGAACCGCGGAGACCAAAGCUGCGUGCUGUGGUGAAUAUAUCAAUGAAGAAUGGUCGUGAUUCAGCAAUAAUAUAAGUACCGACAAAUCAUCUCAACAUUUUUUCUGCUGUAAUUUUUUACAAUCGCUUGGUCAAAAAUAUUAAAAGAUCUUCCAUUGAGCCGUGCAUUUAUUAAACUUAUUUUCAUUCUGCCUUAGAAGUACAGUUAGUAUGAUAUUUCAGUAGCAAAACAUCUACAUUAAUAACUUUUAUUGUAAAUUGUUCGAUGAAGUCGCGUAAUAGUCUGUUAAAUAUAAAAAUAAAAUUAUUUUCAUGAACUUUAUUACAUUUUUUUGCGCAUUAAAAAAUUGAGA